AAGAAUAUUUUUAGUUUGAGAUAGAAAGUGUCUGCCUACGUUAAGAAGGGACGAUAUAAAAGAGUCUAUCAGAGAAAAGAAGUUCUUCAUUUAGAGUGUGUAGUGCUUAUCAAACGGAGAAGUGCAGCUUUCCAACAGACAUGCGUUUGACACCAAUCAUUGCCUUCGCGGCAAUGUUCCUCCUGUGCCAUGCUGCUGCUGAAGAGAACGCAUGGUCCUGGGGCAACAAAGACAAAUCACCAUCCAACAACCCACUUGAACAACAACCCUCAGCCAGCGAUCUGGCCGAGCAAAGCUCCCAAUUCAACUCCACCCAAGCCGAGAAAAUCAUCGACCAUAUCCUGGUCUCAAACAGGCAAGGGCGGAACGUUGAUGGGUUCGAUGAAGUCUACAGCGACCCCAGCGUCCAGGACGCCCUCCAGAAGGGCGACGACGCCGAGGCGAGAAACCUCAUAAAGGAUAGGCUGUGUUCCUUAGGACUCAUGCAAUGUGAGGAAGACAUCCAGGGCAAGCGCCCCUACAUCGCCCCCGAAGAGCUAAUCUACGCCCAACCCGUGGCAAUCAACCCCGUGGGUCGCCCGAUCCCCACAAUCCCCCUCAAAGUGCCAAACCGCGGCACCUACGGCCCCCCCAAACCCGUCCCAUUCCCCCCAGGUCCUCCCCCAAGCAAGUUCGGCCCUCCUGGAAAAUACGGCCCUCCCCACAAACCCCCCCGUCGCGGCUACGGCCCUCUCCCACCCUCCAAACCCUUCUACGGCCCUCCGCACAAACCCCCAUUCAUUGGCGAACACGAACUUUACGAUGGUCCUGAGUUUAUUUCCAAACCGCACGACUCUUUCGUGCAACCAAUCGAACCUGAUACGCCUUAUCAGUUCGAAACUGGCCACCACAAAGAUAAGAAAGUGGAGGUGCACGUGACCGCUCAUGGGGGAAGUACCCAAGGUGGUGCAAAUGCUGGAGGUGUCCAACAACACGUCCACCACCACUUCCACCACAAUGCUGAUGGUAUUGCUGCUAAACCGACGGUUGUGGUCAAUCCGGUGCCCAUUGCCACGACUGCGGCCAUUUCGUCGUCGAAUUUCGGGUCUUCGUUACUUGAAACCGGGGGAACUACCCAUUUUAAACCAUCAGAGGUUUUGUCAUCAAGUUUUAACCCACUGUCCUCCAGUUACCAACCAGGAUUAUCGAGUGGUUUUGGAAGCGGGGGUUUGACAAUUGGGGGUUCGAACUUUGGGGGGUCUUAUGGGGGCCAGACCAUUGCCAGUUACGGGGGGUCCUCCCACAAUUUGGGGUACUUUGACAAGAUUAAACCUGUGAGUGAAAACUACGGGGGUAGCAGUUAUGGUACCACUGUUGGUUCGUACGGAUCGUCAGGACUUUACAAGAAAGAGCUCAAUCUUGGGAGCAAUUCCAUCAAUUCUAACUUCAUUCAAAGUAGCUACGCUGAUAAGUACCAAGGGUUGGAGUCAGCAAGGGCCGAGAAUUACGACUGUGUUUGUGUACCAUAUGACCAGUGCCCCAGUCAUGAUAUAAUUGGGCGUAAAGACGACCUCUACCUUCCCCUUGAUCCCAGAAAUUUGAAAACCGAUAUUGAAGCUUUGGGGGAGGAAGAACGGGUGAUUACGGACGGAAACGGCACAAUGACAGUCGUGCGAGUGCCCAAGGAGGCAAACUUUGAUAACAACACACAGGAAAAUUUGAAAAAUAAUGACACCAAAACGGUGACAAAACGUGAAGCUCCAACAGACGGGGAAAACAAGGACGACAAAGCCAAAAUUGAACCUCGACAAUCGUACGGAACUUAUACCAACAACAACAACAAUAAGAAAGUGAAACCGACUUUCGGAAUUUCGUUUGGUUUACCAAACCAAGGAGGCGGUGGAUACCCCAUUAAUCCCUACGGCCCUAAUCCCCACGUUAAUCCCUACGGUGGCUCGAUCGGGGGUCAGGGAAUCAAUCUCGGAUUGGUUUCCGUCAAUCCCUUGAUCUCCCUCCAAGUCACGAAAGACGAUUACGGCGAAAAAGUUUUAAAACCGUUUGUCAAUCUCCACGUGACGCCCAAUAACUACCUCCUUCAUAAAUUCGAAGGGCUGUUCCACUACAAGAAAAACUUGAUUUUCAACAAACACAAACACUUCCACUACCACAAGCCGCACCACCAUAACGUUCACUAUUACCCGACCCACCAUCACGCCCAUGGUCCUCCAAUUUACCAUCAUGGUCCCCCGGAUUAUCCCGGGCCGGAGUAUUCCUACGACCAUGGGCCGAGCGAGUUAAGCGAGCCACCGUCUUACGAGCAUUUCGUGGGCGCUGACUACCCCCCUAGUCAUCCGUACUAUGACCAAGGCUCCGCUCUGUCGUACUAUGACGACCCCCAUAAUUACGGGGGCAGUCAUGGCAGUUACUAUGACGGUAGUUUUCAUGGUAGAGCUCACGAUAACACGACUAAUUUAGUCGAUGGUAAUAGUCUUUUGUACCAACUCCAGCAACAGUACGACAGUGGUCAAAAUAUUUAUGCCAACUCUUUGUCUGAUAAUUCCCAAAGUGACGAUUUGUACAAUUCCGAAUCGCAAAAUUCUCACUCCAGACGGGGCAAAAGCCUUGCCACUUCCAACCCUAUCAAAUUCCCCUCCGACCGAAAAAGACGUGACGUGACUAUGACACCGACAAAAAAAUCUAACACGACGAAGCGCCAGGCCCACUUCGGCCGCUCCUCGACCUGCGGCCCCCGGCACGUGUGCUGCCGCCGCCCCUUGCGCCCCCACGUCCCAACCCCCGGCCACCGCCAAUGCGGCACCCGCCACUCCCAGGGCAUCAACGGCCGCAUCAAAAACCCCGUCUACGUGGACGGCGACAGCGAGUUCGGCGAAUACCCCUGGCAAGUGGCCAUCCUCAAGAAAGACCCCAAGGAGAGCGUCUACGUCUGCGGGGGCACCCUUAUCGACAAUCUACACAUAAUCACGGCCGCCCACUGCGUCAAGACCUACACCGGGUUCGACCUGAGGGUGCGUUUGGGCGAAUGGGACGUCAACCACGACGUGGAGUUCUACCCCUACAUCGAACGCGAAAUCACCUCCGUCAACGUGCACCCCGAGUUCUACGCCGGGACUCUGUACAACGACUUGGCCAUUCUGCGCAUGGACAAGCCGGUGGACUUCGCCAAGCAGCCCCACAUCAGCCCCGCGUGCCUGCCCAGCCCCCAUGACGACUACACCGGGAGCAGGUGCUGGACCACGGGCUGGGGCAAGGACGCGUUCGGGGACUUUGGCAAGUAUCAGAAUAUUCUGAAGGAGGUGGAUGUGCCGAUUGUCAAUCACGGGCUGUGUGAGAGGCAGUUGAAGCAGACGAGGCUGGGGUACGACUUUAAGCUGCACCCUGGGUUUGUCUGCGCCGGUGGAGAGGAGGGCAAAGAUGCCUGCAAAGGGGACGGUGGCGGGCCCAUGGUGUGCGAAAGAGGGGGCACUUGGCAAGUCGUGGGGGUCGUCAGCUGGGGCAUUGGAUGUGGGCAAGUUGGAAUUCCGGGGGUUUAUGUCAAAGUGGCACAUUAUCUGGACUGGAUUCGGCAGGCUACGCAGCGGUAUUAGAAUGGAACGUUAUUUAUAAUUGUAGUUUUAAGGAUAACUUAUUUUUUGUAUUGUUAGUUUCAAGACUUAAUUACCUAGGUCAAUGGUAAUCGCCUAUGUGAUACUUUUGUUUCGAGUAAUUUUAUAACUAUUUAUAAUAGGGAGGUAACUUUGAAAAAGUUUUGUAAUUCUGAUUUAAAUGAUUAUAGUUUGAAUAAAAAAUUAAAAUCA